AUGGAUGUGCUGAGGGAGGACAUGCAGCUGGUUGGUGUGCCAGAGGCAGUGAAAGAGGACAGUGUACAUGAAAAGCACACAUGUGAUCUUGAAAUGAUCAACCACAAACAGGAAGUAUCACAAUCUCAGCUACACAAACCAACAACAGACAAGGUUAUCAAUUCCAAUCACAUCACACGUCUGGAGGCAGAGCGCAACCAGCUGAUCCGGGAAAAACAGGAGCUGCUGGAUAAAAUCAAGGAAGGUGCAAAUGAAAAGCAAACAGAAAUGAAGGGAACAUUCCAAGACUUCAGGGAAAGUCUAGAUUUAGAUUUAGAAAAACAAAAGCUGCAGGAUCAUUCCAAGUGUUUGGAAUCUAAGGUUCAAGAGCAGGAGGCGAAGCUGCAGGUGGAAGAGUAUCAGAAACGGGAUGCAUCAAGAGUCCAGAGAAUUGAAGAAUUAAAAGCUCUAGCCUCACACUGGAUGAAGAAAAGGCAAAAAGUGGCUAUGACCUACAGUCCACACAAAAGGAGCUGGAAGACCUCAAACAGGACAAGUCUGGGAACAAGAGACUCUCUGCUGAUGAGUGACACUGAUGCAUGCAGAGAAGACCUGGAGAAGAGCAGGAGUCUGGUGCUGCUCCACAAAUUUAACAAUGAAGAUGAAGGUGGUGAAGCUACACAAACCCAAGAAGACCAACAAACAGAAACGUCAUCACAGAUGGGUUUGUCUUCUUUUUGGGAACGACCAUCAGACUCCACAGCUUCAAAUAAAACUCCGCAGAAUGCACUGGAAAGGAGAUGCUGGUGGCAGGGAUCAGGUCUGAUGCCAGUCUUUGAAGAGGAUGAGGAGGAAGACGACGAGGGCACUAAAGUAUCAGAAGACAUGGGGCAUGGUGUCUAA